UCUACAUGAAUGCUACCGGUUUAAAUUUGCUGAUGGUACUGGCAUUGUCGCUGGGCAUAAUCCUCAUGGGACCUACGAGUUGUACGCCCGUGUUCGAUGAGCUGGAUUCACCGUCGAUCAUCAAGGAUGGUGGCGGCUUAGCGGCGUUUGCUUACACCCGAAAAAAACAACCACAAAAAGAAGCCGGGAGAAGACUCAUGAUGCCUCCCACAAAAAAUUUGACAUAUCAUCAGCGUAUUAUGUGGGCCGACAACUGCGUGCCACUGGGAAUGCUGUGCAAAUAUCCUGAACAGUGCUGCACGAAAGUGUGUCUGGUGGCUACAAGGCGAUGUGCCAUCUUCUGAUUUUGCGACAUACGAAAAAACCAGAAUAAAAACAGAUUUUUGUAAUGAACAAACUUUAAAAUUGAGAAUAAAAAAACGAUUUGAAU